GCUGAUGGCAAGAUGCAAUUACACGUUUUCUGUGAUAUUUAAUGAAAUCGCUUGUAAUUUCCGUGCGCAACCGUGAUAUUCCGUGAGAGACACCGAUUCGCAGCUAGUUCAUCAUCUAUUCGAAUUUCUUUAAGGGAUUUCCGCGAGGUAGAGGUGCAAGAAUUUUUAUAAUACAGUAACUGAAUCAGGACUGACAGGAUCAAGAUGCCUUUAACUACAGAUAUAUCCACAGCUCUCCAUUUAUUGGAGCAUGUGCAAGAAAGGGUGGAAGAUUGCGAUGAUCCUAAGUUACAAAUGCACACGACUCAGGACAUAAAGUCUUUAAUUUCUUUGCUGGAAGAUCCAGUGUUCCGCAGUAUAGUGACAAUACAGGACUCCUUAAUCGAGUUGAACACUCAAUUGGGUCAACAUCCAUCCAUCCUGCCUGGAGAUUUUGAAAUCAAUAUCAGUGGACAGUUGGAGCUUUCUCUUCCUAGCACACCAGUGCAACCACUCGGGCCAAAUAUGUAUCAAGAUUUAUAUCAAGACAGCAGUGAACUCGAGGAUCAAAGGGUUCCUGUUGCUCCAUUGGUGCAUAGCAGCAGUGAGGAUACAAGUGCACAAGUAACAAGCCCAAGCUUGGUUUCGGAAGUUAUGGGUAUUCCUCCAAUUACGACAACCACAUAUGCUAAAGAGUUCAAGAAGGUUAUUGAAGCUGCAGCUAGAGGUCGACAGAUAUUCACUGUACAGUUGUACAAGCCAGAGGGUACCAGUCUGGGGUUCAGUGUUGUUGGACUUCGCAGUAAGGACAAAGGGGAGCUUGGCAUAUUCCUGCAGGAGAUACAACCCAAUGGCAUAGCUGGCUGUGAUGGUCGAUUGGUAGAAGGAGAUCAGAUAUUGGCGAUAGAUGGCCAGCCACUAGACUCGAACAUCUCUCAUGAGCAGGCAAUCUCGAUUCUUCAGAAGGCACGUGGUCUGGUCGAGUUGGUCGUAGCAAGAAGCGCCCAAGACAUUGGGGGUUCUUUGCCGACGGAUGAGUUGUCCGGUGGUUCGAGUUCGACAGGGGCCGUGGGAGCAGGUGUGUCCACCAUCGGCGGCGUUGUCGGUCCGGCGACCAGCCAGGCCAGCCCCGACAAGGAUCAAUCGGUGUCCGUGUCGUCUGUCGUUACAUCGGCGCCGACCCCGAAGUCCAGCCAACCGGCGAGCACCACCUCCGCGGCAACACCGACCCCGACACCAACGCCGACGCCCACACCUACCUCGACACCGGUACCCGGAGGCCUCGUCGUCGAGAGGAGCCCAUCCGCCGUCAGCGACGCCUCCAAGAGUGGCUCUGACAUGGUGCUGAACACGGAAUGGGCACAAGUUGAAGUUAUAAAUCUCAUAAACGAUGGCAGCGGUCUUGGAUUCGGUAUCGUCGGCGGACGCAGCACUGGUGUCGUGGUUAAAACCAUCCUUCCCGGCGGCGUCGCUGAUCGGGAUAAUCGGCUGCAGAGCGGGGACCAUAUAUUGCAAAUCGGCGAUGUCAAUCUACGGGGAAUGGGAAGUGAACAGGUCGCCGCGGUUCUGCGACAAUCCGGCACACACGUGCGCCUCGUUGUCGCGCGACCUGUGGAGCCGACAUCGCCCGAUUAUCAGGCACUCGGCAGCCACGCUCCGAUCGUACCGACGAAGAUUCUGGGUGACCCCGAUGAGCUGGAUCGCCACCUGGUGCACAGCGUGCCGGAGACGUAUAACAUACGUCACGUGCAGCCCGAUACCGGUUACGACAACGGCUACAUGUACUCCCAGGAAUCCGACGUCGAAAUACACGCAAGACCCGGUCUCAUCAUGGACGUAGUACGCAAUCCCAUGCCAAUUGGAGCGAUGCCAGUGAUACCGGCGGUUCCGGUGCAAAUCCCGGAGCUACCGGUCCUCACCAUGGACACCAUCGACGUUAAUUCACUGCCUGAAAUGGAACGUUUCACUGUCGAGCUUAAGAAAGAUAUUUACGGCCUUGGGAUCACCAUUGCUGGAUACGUAUGCGAGAAGGAGGAGCUAUCUGGUAUCUUCGUGAAGAGCAUCAGCGAGGGCAGCGCGGCCGACCUGAGCAACAAGAUUCAAAUAAACGAUAGGAUAGUCGAGGUGGACCGCCAUUCUUUACAGGGUUACUCGAAUCACGAGGCUGUCGAAGUUUUAAGACGAACAGGGCAGACGGUUGUUCUGUGCCUGGAGAGAUACUUACGUGGACCAAAGUACGAGCAGCUUCAACAGGCGAUCGCGGCCAGCGAGCUGAGACUACCUCAGCCGAGUUCACCGUCGAUAACCAGUCUACCUAGCUUCCCUAUUAGCGCCGACGGUGAGACCACCACCGAAAUAGAACCGGAAGGUGAAUCGCACACAACCGUGGACAGCGCGGUCCUCCACGAGGGUGAACGUGAAAGGACAUCGGACGAGCUGGACGACGCGGCGAACGUGGAAGCUCUAUUGAGCGAUCCAUCGAGCGAUCUUACGCCACAGAUCCGGGCUGCCAUCAAGUCCAAAUGGCAGAAGAUCGUCGGCCCAGAUACCGAGAUCGUGGUGGCGCAACUGAAGAAAUUCGCAGAAGGUAGCGGUCUUGGGAUAAGCCUGGAAGGGACAGUGGACGUGGAGAACGGGCAGGAGGUCAGACCCCAUCAUUACAUACGAUCGAUCCUACCGGAAGGACCCGUGGGACAGAAUGGAACGCUGCGUUCGGGGGACGAAUUGCUGGAGGUGAACGGAUAUCGGUUGCUCGGUAUUAAUCAUAUGGAAGUAGUUAGCGUGUUAAAAGAAUUACCUAUACACGUUCGGAUGGUUUGCGGGAGGAACAUCGCGUCGCAGGAUCCUCUGUGCCCGAUCGAUACUGCUCAACAUCAGGCUGCGUUCCAGACCAGGAGCAUUCUGGGUGGAUCGCUGCAGAACUUGUUGCCAACGAUGGAUCGCCUUGUGAAAGCGAAGUCUGAUGGUUCACUGGCUUCGACGACAACCACGGCCACCGUGACCGACGCCAGUUUAAACAAGAUGAAGUCACGUUCCUUGGAACCGCUGACUGGCUUGGCGAUGUGGAGCUCUGAACCGCAAAUCAUCGAAUUGGUAAAGGGAGAGCGGGGCCUUGGGUUCUCCAUUUUGGAUUAUCAGGAUCCAAUGAACCCCAACGAGACUGUGAUAGUAAUAAGGUCACUCGUACCUGGGGGCGUGGCCCAGGUGGACGGGCAGCUGAUACCGGGCGAUCGUCUGUUGUUCGUAAACGACAUCGCCCUGGAGAACGCGACCCUGGACCAGGCGGUGCAGGCGUUGAAGGGGGCGCCGAAGGGCACCGUGCGGAUCGGCGUCGCGAAGCCGCUUCCCAUACCAGACAGUAUUGUCCAGAGGGUGCCACCGAUUUGUCCCGUGAGACGCAGCAAAAGCUUCCCGAACGAAAGCGAAACGACCGAUCACGCGGCGGAGCUCGAGGACUUCCUCUCCUCCAGAUCAGGUGUGACAGAACUGUCAAUGGACAAACCGGAAACAGACGAGGAAGAGGAGGAUAAUUGGAAAGACGCGUCCCCUCUGACCCCAACGUGCAGUCCCACCAAGCGUUCUCCAAGAUUGCCCCAGGAUCAGAAACCUCUGGAAAAGGUGGAGGUAGACGUGUGCCAAUUCUAUCCUGCCAGCAGCAGUUCGUUGGAGGACGUCAUCAUCGCCGACAUAAGUCCCACCUCCCUGGACAUGAAGAUAGCUGCCAGGUACACCCACGACGUCACGACGGGGGAGGAAAAAGUGGCGCCAAAGGUGAAAUUAAAGGCGGACACGUCGGGGGAUGAGAGACCGACCGAUAAAGUGCCUGAACCGGAAGCAUCAUCUGUCCAGAAGCGACCUGAUCAGGAGAGGAGAAGAGAACUGAGGCGUAUGGACUCGGUGGAGAGGAUGUCCACAUCCAGGGAGACUUUGGUCAAACAAGAGGAGACUGAGAAAAGUGCCAAUAAGAAGAUAUUCAAGAAACAUCACUCUGAUCUUGAGCAUAGAAGUGUAAGAAAGACGAUCGACGAGAUUGUUGAAGCUUCCACCAGAAGCCUCGACACACUCGAACUCGAAGAAUCGAAGAGAAUGGACCUAGAGUACAUCCCGAUGUCGAAGGAGCACAGGAAAAGUCUCAAAGAGCAAGAGUGUAUCGAACGAGUCAACGAGUUCCUGUCGAAGCACAGUGGUCUGAGCUACUCCGAGUACGCUAUCCAGGAUCCAAUCAUCGUCCAGUCCCCUCAGGAUACAAAGGAGCAACGAGUACGUCCAUCCAGCUUACACGAGUUAGAGAAAGCUCGUCCAGCCGAAGCUGUCCAGGCGAGUAGCAUCCAAAGAUCAGAGGAUGCAAUGAAAUACACUCCUGAAGAAUCAACGAAGACACCAUCCACGAUAGUGUCAGAGAAACUAACGAUCAGUGAUCGACUUCCAGUGGCCAUCGAAGUCUCCAAAUCCGUUUUGACCCCAGAGACAGAGGUGUCAGUGACUAAACGGCGGAGUUCAAUGAGGAAGAGGACGUUCUCCAGGGAGUCGUCCAGAGAGUCCCUGUUGGACGACACCAAGAAGGAGGUCAGGAUCCAGGAGAACGUCGAGGAGAUCUACUUCGAGGAGCCCAGCGAACAGAUCACUGAUAUGUUACCAGAGGUCCAGUUGGUCAAGGCCAGGAUCAUCACCGCUGAAGAGGCAGCUGCCAGCCGAAUCGAGGAGCCUCCAGCUAGGAUAGAGGUGCACUCUCCACCGGAAGUGAUAGUGGUCUUGGACUCGAUCCGUGUGAGAAGUGGACGGGUACCUUCGCCGGAAAGGGUGGACACCUCGCAGUUACAGCUGGUCAGCCUGGCGAAGUCCACGUCGGAGAACACUUUGGUCGAGGAAAUGGACGAUGAGAACAGGGUAUCCGAGAGGAACAUCAAGGCUGAGAUUCUGUUGGAUUUGUCCAAGGUUCCUGAUAUUGCGGAGGUGGCGGGGAAGACGACAGAUGGGGAGAAGAGGAAGGAGAGGAAACUGAGCAGAACUGGUAGCGAGGGAUCGAAGAAAGGUAGUUUGUUGAGGGCCAGGCAGAAGGAUCGAGAGGGAUUUAGAAUCGGAAGUCUCGCACUUCCGGAUCAACCGGAACUCACGAUUCUGGUGGAGGGCAAUGCGACGGAGAGGAAGAAGACGAUGGACGAGGAGAGGGAGAGGAGAGUUCCUGAGGAGGGCGAACAGAGGAUCGUUAAGAGGUGCGUAGAGUCGGAGUGGGACAGCAAAUCCGAUGCGGGACGGUCUAGAGAAGGACAGACGCAACGGUAACCGCGUAAACCGGUGUCGUUGGACGGAGAGAAUGGACAGGACCGGAAGAGGCUCGAGAGCCAGCAGGAGGAUCGAAGUGAUCCGGAGGAUCGAGCUCGUGAUUAUGACAGGAUCCUCUGGCAGCAGAAGCGGCCGCUGCUGGAGGAAAUCGUCCCGUCCAAGCUCGAGGAGGACACGUUGAUCAGCAAGGAACACUCUCUGGAGUACCAAAGUCAAACCCUCGAGAGCCAGUCGGAUCAUCUGUUGCACGGAUCACUCUCGACCUCGUUGGUGGACAUAUUGAGACCCGUACCGGAUAGUUGGCCAGAUAAAGGGAUCGAAGAAGUCGUCGAGUGUAGCUUCAAGGAGACCCAGUACUCGCCCAAGGAGAAGCAAGACGCUGAGACCCAGACCGAACAGGAGACCAAGAGCACGCAGUGCAGUCCCGAGCAAAGUGUCUGUCCCUCGGAGAUCUCUAAAGACAGUCCUCUGCGCGUGAUCAGGUACUAUCAGAGCCCGAGAAAAGAGGUUCAGACGCAAACUCAAGGGGAGAGCAAGAGCGUUCAGUGUUCGUUGGACGAUCUAGGUAGCCUAUCGAGGAUUCCUGAUAUUGGUGACAGCUUCGAUAGCCCGUCCAGGUCGGAUAGAACUCAGGUGAAGGAGUCUAAGAGUAUACAGUGUAUUCCAGAGGAUAUUUCGACCAGCCCCGGUAAGUCUACAAGCGGUGCUGGAUCGCCUAGCCAGGAGAGGCUAUCGCGUAGUCCCAGGAAAGAGGCUGAGGUACAGACCUAUCAGGAGUCGAAAGCAGUCCAGUGCAGCGAUGAUGAGAUUCUAGAGGCUGAAUACGUCGGUGGAGGGUUUCAGACGCGGUUACAGGGCAGACCAAUCAGCUCCGUGUCGUUGAAGACCGAAAGCACAGCGUCUUCUGUUUGUGGCUCGCCGUACAAGGUCCCGACGGUUGCAUUCGUCGAGGAACCCAUCGUCAUGACGGUCACGCAACGGGACCACGACGGGAACGUCAACUGGUCGAAACACUGGGGACCGGAGAGGCUGGUCCAGAUCUACCGGGAGCCGAAGACCAGUCUGGGUCUGAGCAUCGUCGGCGGAAAGGUCGAUCUGCAUAAUGGCGGUUCUAGUAAAUCCCAGAAUAUAUCUGGGAUAUUCAUAAAGAACGUUCUACCGAACAGUCCGGCCGGAAGGACCGGCGAAUUGAAGGUCGGCGACCGGAUAAUCGAGGUCGAUGGCGUGGAUCUGCGACACAGCACGCACGAGCGGGCAGUUGAGGUCAUACAAGCAUCCGGAAAUCCCGUCUGUCUUCUCGUCCAGUCUCUGGUGCACCUGAACGAGAACGAAGGCGGCCAGAGCGAAGACAGUGGAAGACCAGGAAGAAGGCAGAGCACCAGAAGUCGGUUGCCCGCGUCUGGGGCCUCUACUACCCAACGCCAGAACACGUCUUCUGUCUCUCCGGUCAGGUCCACCACGCCGGAAGUGACACAGGUGGGUCCGGGGGACGAGGAGAAGCAGAGUGGUUCGAGGUCGGAUUUUCGCAGGCAGAGCACAAGAGCAUCAGAUGGCGCGGGAUCCAGCGCGCGAAGAUCCUCCAUGAAGAAGUCAAUUCGGAAGAAGGCGCCGUCACCGCCUUCUAAUCCGGGGAUACUGCGUGAAGUGAGCGAGGAGAAAGAAGAUAAUGUUUCGAAGCCGGAACCACCCAGACGGAAGUAUUCUUCGGACGAGAGUUCCGAGGAGGACACGAGGGAUCUCGAGGGUAACAUUUACACGAAAGCUGGCAUGGAGAUCUCGAGGAAAAGCGCAGGAAAUGUGAAACGAUCGAAAGCGGAGAUCGAGGCUGAUCCUGAACAGGAGGACGAGUUCGGUUACACGAACAUGAAAGUUCAAAAGAAGUAUCACGGGCUUGGCAACAAAGUGCUAUUAGUCAAGGUGGAGAAGGACAGGCGUGGCUUGGGGAUCUCCCUAGCCGGGCAUAGAGACAGAAAUCGGAUGGCGGUGUUCGUUUGUGGCCUUAAUCCGAAGGGCUCGGCUCACAAAGGAGGCGAGCUGAUGGUCGGUGACGAGAUACUCGAGGUAAACGGCUGUGUUCUGCAAGGAAGGUGCCACCUGAAUGCGUCCGCCAUGAUCAAAGGAAUGGCCAGUACCUGCUUCAAAGUCGUUAUCGUACGGAGAUCGAAAGCCAUCGAUGACAUUGCCGUGAAACCAAUCAGUCAGUUCCCUCCAACUCUGGACGACUCGGAAAUGUACAGUCACUACAAAGGUGUUCGCAAUGUGCCAGUGAAAAAGAGUCAAUAUGGAUUGGGCAUAAUGAUCAUCGAAGGAAAACACGCGGAAGUCGGCCAAGGUAUAUUUAUCUCCGACAUACAAGAAGGCAGCGCCGCGGAGCAGGCCGGCCUACAAGUGGGUGACCUGAUCUUAGCUGUGAAUAUGGACUGCCUGUUGGGUUCAACUUACGACGAGGCCACGGGUCUCUUGAAGAAAGCCGAAGGAGUGGUCACACUUACGGUCUGCAAUCCAAAUCAGAGUAAAGUCGCGAAAGAGGAGGAAGACAGGGCAAAGGGUAUAAUUCCUGAAGUAGAAAAAGAAAAACCGAAGGAACCAGAGAAACCAAAAGAACCCGAGCCACCACAGGACCCGAAGGACUGCAAGAUCGCGGUUGGGAAAGAUACAACGAUAGAAUUCCAAAAAGAGAAAGAUAAAGGCAUUGGAUUCACUAUAGCCGGUGGAUCCGACACUCCAUGCAAAGGUGUCUUCAUCAUCGAAGUGUUCCCAGACGGCGCAGCCGGCAAAGAUGGCCGCCUGCAGUCAGGUGAUCAGAUAAUCGACAUGUGCGGAAACAGCUUCAAGGAAAUCGAGCACGAGAAAGCUCAUGCGACCGUUCUGAAAGUCGCGGGAACCAUCACGAUGAUCGUCCAUCGGCGUGAGAAAGCGGAGGAAGAGAUCGAAGUCGAGCUGCAGAAGAAAUCCGGCAAAGGAGCUGGCCUCUGUUUGACGGGCUACAAGAGUGGCAAAGGGGCUUACGUAUCGGACUUGUUGCCAGGUGGCAGCGCACUGGAGAGUGGGAAAAUCUGCAAAGGUGACCGAGUGGUGGCGGUCGGCGGCCAGGACGUCCGUGAGGCACCAGUCGAGGAUAUCGCGGUCCACGUGAAAGUCUCGAACCCGGUGCAAUUGAAACUCGCCAGGUACAAUUCCGCCAAGCAAUGACAGGGUUCUGCAGGCGGAACUCUGAACACAAAUCACCGAGUAGGGAUUCCCCAAAGGCACCGCGGAUUUUAGUGUGAUAUAACUGACUAUACCAAAGUAACUAUAUAGAAAUAAGGUACCGUUCGACUGUAAGUAUCGAUAAUCCUAUCCGAAUGGACGAGAGAGGUACAACAACGCAUCGUCCCAUCGAACGCGAUCUAUAUAGGCUUAUAAUACGGUUCCCAUCGCGUGGCCGUAAACGUUCCGAAAAUUUUUCACGGCAGCGUAAAGACACCGAUGGAAGCGCGACCAUAAACACGAUGGAAGAGAUUGCGCGUGGUUGAACCAUUGUUUAGACAGAAGAAAUAACGAUUUUAUAGGGUACUCGACGUGGUACAGUGUCUGUUAAACUGUCCACGCUCGAGACGACGCUUAACGUCGUAACUUGUAAAGAUUCCGUCUGCCGUUUGAUUAACAAUCCGGCGAGUAUAGUCGAUAACGAUCCAUUACAACACGCAUAUUAUUUAGCGACGACAGAGUAUUUAUGCAGUUCUAGCGAUUAAAUAUAUUGUAAUAGCCGACGAGUA